AUGGCUGUUUGUGGCAAUUUUAUGGCUUCUCAGUUGCUGUGGAAUAAAACUUUUCUGAAAAAGUUGCGGGUGCAAGAUGCCAAACAAGUGGAAGCCAAAGCUGCCAAGAUUAAAGAAUGGGUGACGAAUAAGUUAAAAGAUCUGGAGGAACAGAACCAGCACCUCAGAGAGCAGAACGAAAAGUGUAAUGAGCAACUGGAACUCCUCAAAAAUCGUCUCGUGCAGUUGGGACAAGUUAACCAACAAUCCACAGCCAAACAAAAAGAUAGAGGAAGUACAGAGGAUUCUUCCAGAGGGAGCUACGAGGACGAUGUUUUACCCUCGGAAACACCAGAGCCAUCCUCUCCUACGACAGUGAAGAGCAUCGAAUUACCUCCAGAUGUCUUUACCCUUUCGGAAUCUGAUGUCAAUCAUGCUACGUAUGCCGUUGUGGACUAUUCCAAAAAGAAAUCUCGCAUUCGCUCCACUCCGCCUAGAGUAGCUAUUGAAAGAAAGAAAUAUGAUUUCAUAGAGCUAGAUGGCGAAAGUUCGACGUUUGUGAACGACAUUCGUUCGGAACUUGACAGAAGGUUGAAUUUUCAGUUAGACUCAGAUCAAGUAGUCAUAGAUACAAUGACGCCACUGGCUCCUCAUUGUUUCCCCAAGCAUGUAGGUGCGCAAAACUUAAUUAAUUCCACCGGUGAUAAUCACGGAAAACCAGCUAACGUAGACCAGAAAAAGGCUCCAGUGCCUCUUCCCCGACAUCGAGUGACUACUAAACACGUGCAGGAAGGAAGGGGAUCCUUACAUUCUUCCUCAUCUCGCUCUGGGUCCCCAGCUAGUCCCCACGUCGGAGCUAAGAGUAACCAGAGUAAGUCGUCUACUGCUACUUACGGUAGUCUGGAUCGCAAGUUAGCUGGUCAUAGAAAACUGGUCCUGACAGAGUUUCGUGGGAACGAAAGAAGAAGGACAGCUAAGACAGACGACGAGCUGCACGAUUAUGCUGAGAUUUAUACACCUAGCGGAGAUAUUCAUUACCCACCACCUCUGGUACAUCACGGGGAAGAAGAAGAUGAUUUGAGGCCCCCCACACCUCCUCUUCAUCGUUGUCCUUCAUGGGAAUCGAAGAUAUACGAAAUAGCAGCGAGUGGGAUUAAUGUGUCAUCGGAUUCACUUCUUGCAGCAACAACAACGACAACAACAAUGGGCUCUCCUAAUAACCUAGGCAAGUGUUGUGGUGAACCUCAGUCCUCUAGUGGUUUCACUGAUCUCAAUAUCCCUGUGUAUGCUACGGUAAAAGGGCGUGCUUCACAAAUUCGGCCAGUUCCAUUCAGUGGAGAAUCAUCAGAUUCGUCAGAUAACGAGGACGCUCGCGUUACCGUGACAACUGCAUCUUCACACACUACUAGUGGUGAGACCGAAUCCAGCGCCUCUACCGGCAGUCCUGGAAAGGGAGGAAGGACUGCUAACAAUGCCUCUCCUUUUCCCGCUCGCCACAGCUGUACGUCACCCUUGAAGCCUGUAACCAGAGAAAUAUCGUCGGAGUCCGUAUUGUCAGACGACUAUGCAAUUCCUCCGGACGCUCUUUCCACUGAUGCUUUCAGUUUAGAUUCCAUGGAGCCCCAUUCUUUUAAAACCCCUCCAGUUUCAGAGAGCCCCAAAAAAGAAAGGACAAAGGAUUCUUUAGAGAAAAGUGGAUAUCUAACCAAGUUGGGAGGGAAGUUCAAAACAUGGCGGAAGCGUUGGUUUGUCUUGAAGAACGGAGUUCUUAGUUACUAUAAGUCAGAGAAUGACGUCAACAGAAAACCACAGGGUCAAAUAACGUUAAAUGAACUUUGUCGAGUGAAUCGUGCAGAGGGCGCUGCUACUUUUGAGCUGUGUACAGAAAAACGGACGUACUACCUUACAGCGGACUCGGCUACAACGAUGGAAGAAUGGAUAAGAGUUUUACAGAACGUUCUCAGAAGACAUGCCACUCGCCUCCUGUUGAGCAAAGAAGAAAACAAACCAACGAUAGAGGGCUGGUUAACAAAGGUGAAACAUGGACAUUCUCGACGUUGUUGGUGUGUUCUGAUUGGCCGAAUGUUCCUGUAUUUUAAGACACCUAACGACACAACUCCAAUGGGCCAAAUAACAAUGAGGGACUCGCGGGUGGAGGAAGUCCUUCAUGUCUCUGAUAGUGACGAGGAAGAGGAAGAGGAAAUGAUGAGUAGAUCGGAGUUCACCGUGGGAAUCUUCCCAAACCACCAAGGACCAACAUACCUCUUGAUGACUAGUAAGCAAGAAAUGGACGCUUGGCUCUAUCAUCUGACAGUGGUGUCUUCUGGUGAGAACUUAGCAGGAACUCAGUACGAGCAGCUUAUAGCCAGGCUAAUGGAAGUUGAUGGGGACGAGAAUAGUGUGAUUUGGAGGCAUCCUUUGCUUUUGUAUUCUAAAGAAAACAUACCCCAACCACUCACCACCUUACCGUCCGAUCUACUUCAAGCGGAGGCUGUCAAGUUGUUUAAGUCCAUCCAGCUCUUUAUCUCCGUACCUCUGGACACCUCGGGUAUCGACUACCACGUGGCUCUUGCCCAGAAUGCCUUGCUACAGUGCCUCACUGCUCCUGAGCUGCAGAAUGAAUUAUUUUGUCAGUUAGUCAAACAGACAUCACGUCAUUCUUCCCAGAAGCUUGGUGUCCAGCAACUUCUUUUAUGUGCCACUCAAUCCCUGUUUCUGUGUGACAGCUCCUCUACGGAGCGAACAUCACCCACCUGUACCACUCCUCCUGACAGAUCACAUUCAGCUGAAAGCAAGUUGAAUCCUGCCCCUUUUGUGUUUGUCCAGGCAUGGCAGCUUUUAGCUUUAGCCAUCCCCCUCUUUGUUCCCAAGAACCGUACCCUAUGGUACCUCCGUGCUCAUCUAGAAAGAAAUGCCGACUCUUCCACUGAACCAGGAAGGUAUGCAGCAUUUUGCCAAAGAGCUCUUGAGAGGGCACUUUUGAAUAGUGGUCGUGAGUGCCAACCGUCCCGAAUGGAAGUUCUCAGUAUUUUGCUCAAAAACCCUUUCCAUCACUGCCUACCACAUAGCAUACCAGUUCACUUUUUAAAUGGCACUUAUCAGGUGGUUGGUUUCGAUGGUUCUUCCACUGUGGAAGAGUUCAUACAGACUAUCAAUGCUGAGUCUGGUAUACGAGACUGUGUGCAAUCAGGGUUUGCCCUAUUCACAGAUGAUCCUAUUGACAAAGAAUUGGAGCAUUGCCUUCAAAACUCAGCUAAGCUUUGUGAUGUCAUAUCAAAAUGGGAGCAGGCUUUGCGGGAAGGACAUCUGGGAAAAUUUGAGACCACAAAAGUUGUUAAGUUAACCUACAAAAACCGACUUUGUUUCCAUCAGUUAUUAAAAGCAGAAACAGAUAAAGAGAGAUUACUUACAGCCUACCAUGUGAAUGAAGAAGUUGUCCAAAGCAGGUUUCCUUUGAGUCCAGACUUAGCUCUAGAACUAGCAGCUCUAAUGGCUCAGAUAGAGUUUGGAGAUUUUGAUGGAGAGAAGGCCCGAGGGAGUGGCGUACCACACGGAAAUCCCGAGUAUCAGCUGCAGCAGGUUGUAGACAGAUUUUUUUCUCAGCGAUACAAGGACGCUAUGACAGAAAAGCAAUUACAGGAAACUAUCAGAGACAAGUGGGUGACGCUAAAAGGCAGAACUGUACUAGAUUGUGUCCGGAUUUAUCUAAACUGUGCACGCAAGUGGCCCCUCUGUGGUGCCAAACUCUUCAGUUCUAAGGUAAAUACUUAUUUCUGUUUAACUCAAGAAAGAAUUAAAUGA